GUGCGGCCUGAUUGUGCCUCAGGAGGACAUGCCGUUCUGCGACACAGGAAUCUGCCCCGAUAUCAUCAUGAACCCGCACGGCUUCCCGUCGCGCAUGACGGUGGGAAAGUUAAUUGAGCUCCUGGCUGGAAAGGCCGGCGUCCUAGAUGGCAGAUUUCAUUACGGAACAGCUUUUGGAGGCAGCAAAGUUAAGGACGUGUGCGAAGAUCUCAUUCGCCAUGGUUAUAACUACCUAGGGAAGGACUACGUAACAUCUGGUAUCACUGGGGAGCCCUUGGAAGCCUACAUCUAUUUUGGCCCUGUGUAUUACCAGAAGCUGAAGCACAUGGUGCUGGAUAAAAUGCACGCGCGAGCGCGAGGCCCCAGGGCAGUGCUCACCAGGCAGCCCACGGAAGGUCGAUCCCGUGACGGUGGUUUACGUCUUGGAGAGAUGGAGCGGGAUUGUUUAAUAGGUUACGGAGCCAGCAUGCUUCUACUGGAGAGACUGAUGAUCUCAAGCGACGCCUUUGAAGUGGAUGUUUGCGGGCAGUGUGGCUUGCUGGGAUAUUCUGGCUGGUGCCACUACUGUAAAUCCUCGUGUCAUGUGUCCUCUCUGCGCAUACCUUAUGCCUGUAAACUCUUAUUCCAAGAACUGCAGUCAAUGAACAUCAUACCUCGUCUAAAACUAGCCAAAUACAAUGAAUGAGCAAGAAGAAAACAUGGAAGAAAAUACUUAAAAAAAAAAAAAAGUCCAGGGUACGUGACUGGAAGAUAUUUUGGUGAAUGUGAAUUAAACCUGAGUGGGUAGAAGGGAGACAUAAGACAUUUGUAUGAAGUCUUGCUUGUUGUCAUCUGUCUGUUUUGAGUUGAGAG